AUGAAGAAUUCUAAUGUUAACUCAUAUUUUAAAACUCACCCUUUAUAUUGUGCUAAUGUAAAACAAUUUUAUCCUCAUGUUCACUCAAUUGAGUGUCUUGAUAAAAUGAAAGUAACUGAUGGAAUUGUUGUCUGGAAGAUUAUACAGGAAGAAGGAAAUUACUUUCAAAGGGAUUUUAACAUUAAUGUUGAAGCAGAACUAAUGUUCAGUGAAUGUCAUGAAUUUCAAAUUCUAUAA